CCUAGGACUCUUUCUCACAUUUCAUUUUCUCUUGAAUGUGUCUUCUUCGUAGUCUGUAUGGACAGUCGGGUGUAUAGAUGUGUAUAUCUGCUGCACGUUGCUGGAUUUAAGUUAUGCAUGACAUUUCACAUGGUGUGAUGUUCAGUGCGUUUGAUGUGCGGUGUGGUGUUGAGGUGGCGCUGCUGCAUGCUCUUUGUGCGCCUGCGUGUGUGUGUUAGUUCGUCAUCUUCACACGACCUGUGUGUCUGUGAUCUACCAGCAUCACGUGACUUGUACGUCAUACUAGCCAGUGGCCACAACCACGGACGUGUAUAGGUGAACUGCUGUCUGUCUGCCGAGACCAACGCUUAGCCUCUUGCGAAGUUCUUCUGUCUCGUCCAGUGAUACAAGUUCGUGCUACAUCUCUCGAGCCUGCAUGACCACUGCAGUUCACAAUGGCUUCCACGAAAUAUAAUGAACUCAUCUUCUUCGUCAACGGAAAAAAGAAUAUUGUCUGCAAUCCAGAUCCGGAAGUGACUUUGCUUCAGUAUCUACGAACAGAGCUACAGUUAACCGGAAGCAAGCUGGGCUGUGGUGAAGGUGGCUGUGGUGCCUGCACAGUCAUGGUGUCCGUGUGUCCACCAGACGGCAACAGGAUACAUCAUUACAGUGCCAACGCUUGUCUGUUGCCCGUAUGUUCCCUCCAUGGCGCGGCUGUCACCACAGUGGAGGGAAUCGGAAGUCUGAGAACGAAGCUUCAUCCUGUGCAGGAGAGGAUAGCAUCAGCUCACGGAACACAGUGUGGCUUCUGUACACCAGGCUUCGUCAUGUCCAUGUACACGCUGCUGCGGAACUCAUCCACACCUUCUCUCCAUCAGCUGCACACAGCCUUCGAUGGAAAUCUCUGUAGGUGCACCGGGUACAGACCGAUACUUCAGGGUUUUAAAUGCUUCACAAAGGAAGGAUGUGGCAAAGGAGCGAACUGCUGCAUGAAUAAAAGUUCGUGUAACAUCUCGGAGAAGAACUCACGCCUGAGUGAAGUUUACCAAAAUGGAAUCCAAAAUGGGAUUUUAAAUAAUGAAGAUGACCAUGUUGAGAAUUCCUACGAUCCUACCCAAGAACCUAUCUUUCCUCCGUUUCUCAAGCUACAAGGGAGGAAACUGCACAACCAGUUCCUGCAGUUCGUGGGGCCACGCGUCACGUGGUAUCGUCCCACUUCUCUCGCGGAACUUCUCGAGAUCAAAAGGAAAAAUCCUAACUGCAAAAUUGUUGUCGGAAACACGGAAAUUGGCAUUGAAACACGGUUUAAGAAGCAGCUGUACCCAGUGCUGGUGAGCACUACUCAUGUCAAGGAACUCAACUGUAUCGAGCAGGUUGAUGAAGGCAUCAAAGUAGGAGCUUCAGUGACACUAGCAGCACUUGACAACGCCCUUAAGGACGCCAUCACUUCUCUCCCAGAGGAGACAACCCGUGUGUUUACAGCUUUUGUGGAGAUGCUGCGAUGGUUUGCUGGAAAUCAAAUACGAAAUGUGGCGUCCCUAGGUGGCAACAUCAUGACCGCGAGUCCAAUCUCAGACCUCAACCCACUUCUGCUGGCGUGUGGCGCUGUCCUGCAGCUGGUGUCUCAAGAUGGCACGCUUCGCACGCGAAAAAUGGACCCGUCCUUCUUUGUAUCAUACAGACAGACAGGGGUCCUCCCGACAGAGAUUCUACUUUCUGUUUUAAUACCUUUCUCCAAAAAGAACGAAUAUUUCUUUGGGUACAAACAAUCCACCCGCAAGGAGGACGACAUCGCCAUCGUGAACGCUGGGAUGCGGGUGGAGCUGGAUACCCUCGGCACAGUGAAAGACCUCGCGCUGGCUUUUGGUGGGAUGGCUGCCACCACCGUCAUGGCAACGAAGACUAUGAAGCAGCUGAUUGGCUGUACCUGGAGCGACGAUCUGCUUAGAAGGGCCUGCGAACUGUUGACCUCUGACCUACCACUCCCGCCGGAUUCCCCUGGAGGUGUGGUCGAGUACAGGCGAACCCUGACUCUAAGUUUUUUCUUCAAGUUUUAUACCGCGGUGCUACAACGACUGCAUCAAGAGGGUGUGAUGACAAAGGUUGCUGUAAGCUGUGCCGAUGCCAGCGCUACUAAACCUUUGGAAAGGGAGCCUUUGGAGGCAGUGCAGUGGUUCGAGGCUGGUUCAGACGCCCAGUGGCCAGAGGAUGCUCUGAGGCUGCCGGUGGUUCAUCAGUCCGCCUACAAGCACGCCACCGGCGAGGCUGUGUACGUGGACGACAUGGCGCCACGGCGAGGUGAGCUGUACCUAGCUUUAGUUCUGAGCACCAAGGCAAGAGCAAAGUUGGAAAGUGUGAACCCAGAGGAAGCUCUGGGUAUUCCGGGUGUCGUGGAUUUUGUGACUCACAAGGAUGUCCCAGGCGAAAAGUUUUUUGGAAAGGACCCCACCCUACCACAGGUUGUGGGCGAAGGGUUGGAUGAAGUCUUCGCAUCGACAGAGGUGCUGCACCAAGGCCAGGUGAUAGGAGCUGUAGUGGCCGAGACACAGGUGCAGGCUCAGCGAGCGGCGCAGGCUGUGAAGGUGAAAUACAUUGAACUGGAGCCAGUCAUCACCAUACAGGAUGCCAUCCAGAAAAAUUCAUUCUUCCCGUUCCACCCCACCAUUUGCAGGGGGGACGUGGAGGUGGCGCUGUCGGCGGCGGCUCACACAUUAGAGGGAGAGAUGAGGGUCGGCGCUCAAGAACAUUUUUACCUGGAGACGCAGGUAACGCGAGCGUGUCCAGGUGAGGACGGGGAACUGGAGGUCUUCUGCAGCACCCAGGCUCUGACUCAGCUCCAGACCUCCAUUGGUGCAGUGCUUAAAUUGCCGUUAAGCAAAAUAACUUGCCGUGCUAAAAGGCUGGGAGGAGGUUUUGGGGGCAAAGAGACACGUCCCAAUGCUCUAGCAUUGCCAGUUGCAGUUGCAGCCAUGAAGCUCGGCCGACCUGUGCGCUGCUCCCUCAGUCGUGAUGAGGACAUGAUGAUGACGGGUACACGCCACCCGCUACUCGGCAGAUACAAGGUGGGCUUCACAUCCAAAGGUAUUCUUCAAGCUUUGGACGUUGAAUACUUCUUAAAUGCCGGGGCUUCCGUUGAUCUCUCCUACGACGUAUUGGGAAGGGUUGUUCUAGAUACAGACGCCGCCUAUCUGAUACCUAACUUGCGUGUCAAGGGUCACGUCUGCAAAACAAACCUCCCUUCCAACACUGCCUUCCGUGGCUUUGGCCACCCUCAGAUGCUUGCUGUUGUGGAGACCGUUGUCAGCCAGGUGGCUGCCUACCUCAAUCUUCCCGCAGAACAGGUGAGGCUACUUAAUAUGUACAAGAAAGGGGACAUCACACAUUACAAUCAACGGCUGGAAGAGUGUAAUCUCAGAAGGUGUUGGGACGACGUGGUGCAACAGAGUGAUUAUCAACAGAGACGCAGAGAGGUCGAGCAGUUCAAUAAAGAAAACCGCUGGAAGAAACGGGGUAUUGCCGUAACACCCGUCAAGUUUGCACCAGGGACCAAUUCAUCUUUCUUCUACCAGGGAGGCGCCUUGGUCAACAUUUACUUGGAUGGUACAGUGACGGUGGCUCACGGAGGUGUGGAAAUGGGGCAAGGACUACAUACAAAGACCAUACAGGUUGCUAGCCGAGUACUUCAAGUACCAAUAUCGAAGAUCAGAGUGGAUGAAACAUCAACAGCAACUGUUCCAAACGCUUUUGCAAGCAAUGCCAGUGUGUCUUCAGACUUGUAUGCGGCUGCUGUCAUGGAUGCCUGCAACAAACUAGUUGAACAACUGAGACCUGUCAAGACUCAGAUGCCAAAGGUUACCUGGGAGGAACUGAUCAAAGCAGCACACCAGGCAAAGAUUAGUCUUUCUGCGACUGGACAUUUUGUGAGCAACUCUGAUCUCGACUAUGACAUUCUGACCAACACAGGUCGUCCCUACAGCUACUUCACCUUUGGCGCUGCUUGCUCUGUGGUGGAGAUCGACUGUCUUACUGGUGAUCACCAAGUGUUGUCCACAGACAUUGUGAUGGAUGUAGGGAAAAGUCUUAGCCCUGCCAUCGACAUUGGUCAGAUAGAGGGAGCUUUUGUGCAGGGUUAUGGGUUGCUAAUGUUGGAGCAAUACAUGGUACAGCCAAAUGGAACUCUACUCACUCGAGGACCAGGCACCUACAAGAUCCCUAGCGCAGGAAACAUUCCUCAGCGUUUUAAUGUGACUCUCUUGAGGGAAAGCGGCAAUCCAAGAGCCCUCUAUUCCUCCAAGGGUGUUGGUGAGCCCCCACUUCUGUUGGCCAUGUCUGUGCUGAUGGCUGUGCGCCAUGCAAUCACAGCAGCCCGCAUGGAUGCUGGUCUGUCCCCUCUUUUCCCUCUGGAUACCCCAGCCACACCAGCACGCAUUCGUAUGGCUUGUGCUGACCACUUCACAAGAAUGAUUGAAACUACCAAAACAGAGAACAAUAUCAAGCCAUGGUUUGUUGACUUGUAAACCCUUCACCUGAUAAGUUACUGGAUGAAGUACCUUGGACAUCACAAAGUAUACCUAGGUUUCGUAGUGUGACUUCUCCGAAACACUUUCUGACUGUCCAGCAGUAUGAUGAAAUACACAACUCUGGCAGCCAACUAAGUGUUUCAUGACACCCCACUACAGACUUGCUAAAAACCACUACAAAAUCUUAGCAGAAGUCAAUGAAUCUACUGUCAACAGCCCAUCAAAGAUUCAAACAAUACCAUUGUCAGCAGUUGCAACUGUAAAAGCCACAAUGGUAAAAAUGCAAGUUAAAUAUAAUUAUUUUGUUGUUAGAACAACAAAACACAUUUACCUCUACCCCUACUCCCUUUCAAACUAUAAUUAACUUGGUCUAAGCACUAGUCCAAUAAUCUGUAGCAAAACUGUGCUGAUCUUUGAUUAAAUCUUUUUGUUAAUUUCCCAACAGAAGUUAUGAGGAACUGUAUUUUGUCAAACAUGGUCAAACCUUGUUAGUAAUCAUUAUUUUCAUUCAAUUUAGGUGAACCAUGGAAAACCAGAUUUGAUUUUGACUGUCAUAUUUUGUAGAAUCUAACUUUACUUAUUUUGAUUCUUCCUUUUACUGCUUUCACCUUCCUAUGUUUUGCUUCUUCCCCCAAAACCAAUUCAUUUUUAAAAAGUACAUAAAGAAGUAUCCUCACACUUGUUUGGAAUGCACAUAGUAAGACACUAAUUUGAACAGCAAACCUUUAACAUAAAAACGUUUUCCAAAUUGUACUGUUUGGGUUCACUUGAUUGAAAAACUUUGUAUUAGCACCCUUCACAAGGACUACAUGGACAACACUAAAGGCAACUGAGAAUACUUUUCCUCCUAUACUACUCCCUCCUGUAUGUUGGGGCAUGCUGCCUUAACUUAAGCUAAGGUAACCAAUUCUACCUCAAGUAUCUAUAGAUACGCUCACAGAUCUAAAAAAAUCUGCAAGAAAAAUGUGCUAAAAAUACAAGAACAACUAAGAACAGAAUUUAUGUAAUAUUUAUAUUAAAUCCCUGGCAACUAUUUGUUUGCUUGAAAUAAUCCAGCUAAAGUAGAUGUAAGCAAUUUUCUCAAAUAAACCAUAAUCAUAAGCCCAAUGCUACAAAACACCAUGUGACUUCAGAAACUAACUAAAUUCCUCAUGUCUUCACCAGUGACAGCAAAUUGAAUCCAGUGUUUCUGUGAUGGAACACAAAAUGUAAAAAAAUAAUUCAUGUUUAAAAUAAUUUGUGUCAUCUAAUUUGUAGGGGCAGGGUUCUUGAGGGAGGUUUAGAGGAAUGUGUUUGUCCAAGCAAAGGUUCGUGUCUGUGUAUGGACAGACACAUGAAAAGUCACAUAAGGAAAAUGCACGGCACCCAAAAUACAUGUUUAACAUGCACAAAAAAGCAGUAUCCUGUAGUGAAGGACAAAAAAUAUUGUUUGAGUCUAAUUUUAAUGACCACAUUUUAAGAAACAAUCAUCCACCAUAUCACAGAUCUGAUUCCAAACAGACUGCAACAGAUACAGAAUAACAAUAAAGCACAUAAUUAUAUUUCGAUUGAUGGAAUUAACUGACAAUAUUUCCAAAAGGGGAAAAUAAAAUAUCAUGUGAGGCUUUAUAGAUGGUGUUCACAGAAAUUGCAUUUUCAAUGCUAGCUCAGUAAUACACAACAGAAGUCUACCUAAUGAUCACAUUACCACAUUUUUUGUUUGUCCUAAGGCAAUGAGAAUAUGCAAGAUUAGUCACAGGUAAUAAUCACAAUUAUAAAAAUAGAUGAAUUAUAAAAAAAUUUAUUAUUUCCAAACAAAUCUGACUUAAAGUGCUGAGCAAUAAGAAAAGCAAUCCAUGUAAACACCACACAUGUAAAUACACACACACACAAUCAGAACUUCGUGGUCUAGCUACUUUGAGAUUCAUCCUCAAUAAGAAGAAAAGCCAAGACCAUAUUCCCCAUCCGUCUGCCUUUUGGCAAUAAGUUAUUACAUAAACCAAACAUCAAUCCCUCCAAACACAUAUAAUUUUAUAACCACAAAUAUUCAGCUUUGUACCCUGUAACAAUCUGCAUGGUCCAAGAAUGCUGACAGCUCCAAAUGUGAGCUUGAUAAGCAUUUGCAGUUUGUUUAUGUGCCCUCUAAUGUUUAUGGCAUGUUUAUGUAUGAAAUGAUGUGCAAGUAUUAUAUAACAACCCCAAAGAAUCCUGUUUCCAGAAGCCUAGGCAUAACAGCUCCAAAUACAUGUACAUGAUAUGUUGGAUUCGUGGCUUCCCUGGUGUUAGCUAAAAGCUCUCUCUUCCUGUCACAUUUAUGACCUUCCUCAUAUUAUGUCCUUUUCUCUAUAUCCUAUUAAUUCCUUAACACACAGAUCUGUCAAAAUUCUAUACUUUGUAUAAAUUAAACAAUGGUAUUGACAAAAAAAAGAAAGAAACAGAAUGCAAUGUUC